AUGAAUAACGUUUACUACAUUGGUUUUUCGAUUGCUAUGAUUUGGCUUCCAAGACGCAUAGACCGGAGUUUGUACGAGCAACAAGCCACAGCUUGGCAUGGUCGAUUGUCUUACGUUGCCCCGCUAUUCACCUCACCUGACACCGCGAAGCGCAAACGCGUCUACGCGCCGGUGCGUCUUACACUGUCGCCACACCUUUGCACCAUCACCGAAACUACUACCAAGCUGCACCGCGCAAGUAUGGUCAACGAGCGACCACGCCAGUUCAGCGGUGUUAGUCGCUUUGCCGGGCCUUCGCGACCCGGUGUUCCGCAUCCGUCAUCAUCCGCAACAGCAUCUCUUUCGGGCACGCCAAACCAAAGCCGGGCGAAGGUUUUAGGCUUGGGUUUAGGCAAGGGCAGUGGCGGGCUCGGCAAAGGGAAGGGCAAGGGACUGAAGAGACAUAUGAAGAUUCAACGAGAUACCAUUUACGGAGUUACGAAGGGAGACAUCAGACGUCUAGCCCGCCGUGGCGGUGUUAAGCGCAUAGCAGCGACCAUCUACGACGACAUUCGACAAGCUCUGAAUGACCGCCUCCGAUCUAUCCUCAAAGACGCCAUCGCUGUCGUCGAGUGCAGUGGGCGCAAGACAAUCAGCGUAACAGACAUUAUCUUCGUGCUCAACAGGCAAGGUCGCCAGCUGUAUGGCUUUGAUCCUUCGUUCAAUGGCGUUCGUUAG